AUGCAGGCGGGGAGCAGCGCGGAGGGCCUGGCGAUGGAGGACGACGCCCACUAUCGCACCGACAGCUUCAGGAUGGAGUGUAUGAAGGUCCUGCCGUGCUCCAAGCGCUUCGUGCACGACUGGACAGAGUGCCCCUUUGCGCACCCCCAGGAGAAGGCGCGGCGGCGCGACCCGCGCGUGCACAACUACACUGGCAUAGCCUGCCCCUCGAUGAAGAAGGCAAGCUCGGAGGGCUGCUGCGCGUUUGGAGACCACUGCCCCUAUGCACACAACGUGUUUGAGUACUGGCUGCACCCCACCAGAUAUCGCACGCAGCUGUGCAACGACGGCAGCAACUGCAAGCGCAAGAUCUGCUUCUUUGCGCACAGCCUGGAUGAGCUGCGCGUGCCCGCCUGCAAGCCGUUUGUGUCUCCAGAGGCGCUGGCGGCGGCCGCGGCGGCAGCCGCAGCAGAUGCAGAGGCCAAGCGCAAGGCAGCCACCGUGGGCAGCCCGCUGUCGGCCUUUGCCGCCGUCUCGCCCGGCCCCUCCCCGCAGCGCUCCUCGCUCGACGCGCUGCGCGCGGCGCAGCAGCAGCAGCAGCAGCAGCAGGCGUCGGAUGCGCGCCUGUCUGCCUCCAGCGUGCCCGCCCCCAUCAGCCCCAGCACCAACGACGACGCUACCAUGGGCUCCAGCCCGGCAGACGCCGCGGUGCACCAGGCGCUGCAGCAGCUGAUGGGGGCUGGCUUCAGCUCCAAGGACCAGCAGGUGAUAGAGCUGGUGACCAGCCUGCUGGCGCAGGACCGCGUCUCCCCCGAGCAGGCGGCCAGCAUCCUGCAGCAGAUGCUGCCGCCCGACGCGCUCAACACGCUGCAGGCGCGCCUCAACACGCCCCGCGGCUCGAUGGAGGAUGUGCGCUGCUACAGCGACCCGCUGGGCUACCGCUCCGAGGCGGCGCAGCAGGCACAGCACACGCAGCAGGCCCGCGCCAGCAGCUUCGAGUCCGUCACCGGCGGCGACGCCUACGGCGACCGCGCGGCCGGCUCUGCGCGCAACGCGGCGGCGGCGCUGCUGGGCCAGGCCCAGGCGGGCGCCGCGCAGGCGCCGCCCCAGCACGUGAUGACUCUGGAGCAGAUGGCGGCGAUGCAGGCGGCGCAGACCAUGGGCUUCGCCAACGCCUACCCUGGCGGCAUCGUGCAGUGGCAGGGCGGCCCCACCGCCGGCAUGCUUGGCCUGGACCCCAACCCUCGCCUGAGCCUGGAGAGCGCCCGCUCGUCCUUCGACACAGGUGCACACCAGCUGCUGGCCUCCUGUCGCAGCAGCAGCGGCAGCGAUGACAGCGUGGGCCCCAGCAGCAGCACCAGCCCGGCGGCGCCGCGCCAGGCAGACGUCACCGCGGCACUGGCGGCCAGCCAGAAGCAGAUGGCGGCGGCGGCGCAGCAGGCGCAGCAGCGGCCCUCCAUGGAGGCAGCCCUGCGGCGGAUGUCGGAGGAGCAGGUGGUAGCCGGCGCGGCGGCGGCUGCGGAGCACCAGCAGCAGUACCAGCGGGCGGCGGUGCAGGCGGCGGCGGCCCAGCAGGCGGCGCGGCACCACGAGGCGCUGCAGGCCGUGCUGCAGCAGCAGCGCAGGCAGCAGCUGCUGCAGCAGCAGCAGCAGCAGCAGGCAGCGCAGCAGGGAGCAAGGCCUAGCGAUGAUUCAUCCCGCAUGAGCUUCGAGCGAGGCAGCAUGGACCUGGGCACGCCCCGCGGCAGCAUGGAUGCCUCCUAUCCGCCCAACCUCUUCUCCUCUGGCAGCCUGCCCAGCCAGCUGGAGGUGCCGCCGCAGGAGGGCGGGCCCUCCACGCCCGAGGCCUCGGUGUAUCGUACGGGCAGCGCUGGCUGGCAGCGUGCCUAUUACAGCGGGCAGCUGACCUCUGUGCCGGAGCAGUUCCCAAUGAUUAAUGCCCCUCCGCCCACCGGCGGCUGGGGCGGCGCCGCCGCGGCCGGCAGGUACAGCCUGGACUCUGGCGCCGCCGCCGACCGCCUGUCACAGGACCUGUCCCGCAUGAGCUUCGAGGCGGCUGCCAGCCCCAGCGCCGCCGCCAGGCUGGCGCCCCAGACCGCCAACCCCUUUGCAUCCAGUUUCUUCACGCCCGGGACCACCGCCGCCGAGCGCCUGUCGGCCCCCGUGCUGGGCGACCGCCGCGGCCUGGCGCUGCCGCCGCUGCCCGGCCUGCGCACCUCUGGCGCCUGCAACUGCUUGCUGACACGUGGCUCGCCCUUCGCUGCCUUGGCUGCAGGGCCUGAGGAGCACGAGGCCGCCGCCGCGGCCCAGCAGCAGCAGCAGCAGCUGCUGCUGGGCGGCACCGCGCUGCACCGCCUGCAGUGA